AUGCCUUCGUCUGCUCAGAACCAAGGAGACGUCGUCCGAGAAAAGAUCGAAAAUGCUUUCAACGCUCUACGGAGGUUUCUGGAGAAGGAGCAAGUUACCAUCCAGGGGCAGGUUGAGAUGCAAGAGGAGCAUUUCCUGCAGCAACUGGAAGAAAGCGCCACUCAAAGUGGAGGGAAUCCCAUCACUGUUGAUCACUUGAUCGCAGACAUUAAAAAGAAAUUACCGCAGGAAGAUAUUCCAUUGCUUAAGAACAUCGGCACGAUAUUUGACAAGUCCGGAAACCUAUUGAAGAAGCCGAAGGAAUUGCCAAUGGAUCUGAGCCAGGGUGGAUUUAAUGUCCCUCUGCAGUAUGCCGUGUGGAAGAGGAUGUUUAAGCAUAUUGAACCAGUUCCGAUGCUCCUGACCCUUGACCCGAUGACGGCCAAUUCCCACCUCAUUCUGUCCGGGGAUGGCACCGAGGUGAAGGUGGGAGAGAAGCAAGACGAUAUCCCUGACAACCCAGAGCGUUUCAGUCGCUGGCUCAGCGUGCUGGGCUCGGAGGGUUUCUCUUCAGGCAGGCACAGCUGGGAGGUGGAUGUGGGCGAAAGCACGGUCUGGCAACUGGGUGUCGCCAAGUCUUCGGUGCCCAGGAAGAGGGGCUUCGCGCCCUUCCACUGGCAGGAGAGCCGCAAGUUCUUCACGCCGGAGCCCCAGGCCGGGGUGUGGGCCCUGGCCCUACAGGAUGGAGAUUACACAGCUCUCACCUCACCCCCCGUCGAGCUCCAGAUCAAGGGCAAGCUGAGGAGAGUCGGAGUCUUUCUGGACUACAGCGCGGGCCAGGUCUCCUUCUACAAUGCCGAUGACGUGUCCCACCUCUACACCUUCAAGGACACCUUCACCGAGACCAUCUUUCCCUACUUCUACAUCGCCCACAAGGGGGAUACUCUGAAACUUAUCACCCUGGGCCUGUAG